AUGGACAAUGGACAGCCACCGGACAAAAGUCCAGGAGAGGAGGGGAAUGGUCUGGAUUGGCUCCUCAAGAAAGACAGCUCGGAGAUAAUUCCUGCACCUAUGGAUACCAACGUCUCAAUACCUAGACACUGUAGUACCAGUGUUGACAACAUUUACAGCAAAGCAUUCACCAGGGAGAGAGUCUUCAAAGCAGCUUCCCAGGGAGACCCAACUCAACUUGAUGGCCUGCUUGAGUACCUGAGAGUUAAUGAGAAGCAACUUACGAGCCCAGAAUUCACAGAUGAAACAAAUGGAAAAACGGCGCUCCUGAAAGCUUUGCUGAACCUAAAGGAUGGCAAAAAUGACACAGUUGAAGUCCUGCUUGACCUAGCCGAGAAAACUGGAGACUUGGAAAAUAUAAUCAACGCAUCUUACAAAGAUCCUUUCUACAAAGGUCAGACAGCCUUGCAUAUCGCCAUUGAGAGAAGAAGCUUUGACCAUGUGACACUGUUGGUCCAGAAAGGAGCAGAUGUGCAAGCCAAAGCCGACGGGAAGUUCUUCCAGCGUAAUGCAGGACUGGGCUUUUAUUUUGGAGAGCUUCCUCUGUCACUGGCUGCCUGCACCAACCAACCCAAUAUUGUGUCUUUCCUCAUAGAAAACUCUUACAGAAGAGCUGACGUGGCUGACAAAGACUCACAAGGAAACACUGUCUUGCAUGCUUUGGUAGUCAUAGCAGACAAUACGGCAGAAAACACCGAUAUGAUUGCAAAGAUGUAUGACGACAUCCUUAUUCAGCACAACAGACUUGAAAAAAAAAAAAAGAUCCAGUUGGAAAUGAUUGAGAAUAAUCAGGGGCUGACUCCUCUGAAGUUAGCAGCCAAGCUAGGCAAGAUUGGGCUGUUCAGGCACAUGUUACACCGGGAAUUCUUGGAUGAGGAGAUGAGGUCGCUGUCCAGGAAGUUUACAGAUUGGGUCUAUGGACCCGUUCACUCUUCACUUUACGACACCAGUUCCAUAGACACCAACGAAGAAAACUCUGUGUUGGACAUAGUCGUCUUCGGGAGUGAUAUUCCGAAUCGUCCUGAGAUGCUCCAGGUCGAGCCAUUGCGCAGCCUUCUCCAGGAUAAGUGGGACAGGUUUGCUUCCAAGUUAUUCUUGAUGAAUUUCUUGGUCUACGUGUCAUACCUGAUCAUCUUCACCUCUGUGGCCUGCUACAGGAAGGAAGGACAGCCACCGUUUCCCAUUGAAGAUGUCCCGCCCGACUACUUUCGCUGCAUUGGCGAGCUCCUCAGUGUCCUUGGAGCAAUGUGGUUUUUCUAUAAAGCGAUAAUAAUUUUCAAGAGGACCCCCCCAACCUUCAAGGCUCUGUACACGUAUGGAUUCUGUGACAUUCUGUUUUUCCUGCAGGCGACGCUCCUCCUGAUCUGCACAGUUUUGUACAGCUGUGGGUUGAGAGAGUACGUUGGACUCCUCGUGCUCUCGCUGGCUCUUGCCUGGAUCAAUGUUCUUUACUACUCACGAGGCUCUAAACGAAUGGGGAUGUACAGUGUCAUGAUGGAAAGAAUGAUCCUGGGUGACCUAUUACACUUCUUGUGUGUGUAUGGUGUUUUUCUUUUUGGAUUUUCUGCUGCUAUUGUUGCCCUCAUAGAAGACUCUCCUCCAGCUAAUAAAAAGCUUCCUGAUGGUUCACCGGCACGUGGGAGGAAUUUUGACGUUGAGCCAUUUAAGUGCAAGAAGCCGAGUUACAACGACGUCCGUUUUACAAUGCUGGAGUUGUUCAAGUUCACUAUAGGAAUGGGAGACCUGGAGUUCACGGACCAUGUACAGUACAAGGAAGUGUUCUACAUCUUGCUUAUCCUGUACAUAGUGCUCACUUACAUCCUGCUGCUCAACAUGCUCAUAGCCGUGAUGGGCAACACAGUGGAAAUAAUCUCCAAAGAAAGUGAAAGCAUCUGGAACCUGCAGAGGGCCUAUACAAUUUUGGACAUGGAGAGGACUCUGCCGAGGUGCCUGAAGAGUAAGCUUUACUCUGGAGUGUCCAAAGUGGUGUGUUUAAGGAGCGGGCAAGACGACAAUCGCAGAUUUUUCAGGGUGGAGGAAAUGAACUGGAGACAAUGGAGGUCAGAUGUUGGUUAUGUCCAGGAGGAAGACCCCGGGGAUAGCAUGAUGAAGUCACAGCCCCCCGACAAAACUCCUGGGAAUCUGUGGAACGUAAAUCCAUUCUUGGAGAGGAUCCGUGCCAGACGGCGACAACCACAGCACUCCAGCGUGCCCUAG